UGCCAAGUUUGUGUUUGAGAGUGCUUCCUUGUCAUUUCGGCAUUCAUAAUUAUAUAUAUAUACAUUUUUUUUUGGGUCUCAGGUUUAUGGAAACAAUGUGGAGAUCCAAGCAUUGGCUGAAAUGUAUAAUCGGCCUAUACAUAUUUAUUCCUAUAGCACAGAACCUAUCAACACAUUUCACGGAAGCUAUAAUACUGACACGCCUCCUAUACGACUAAGUCGUCAUUACGGGAAUCACUACAACUCACUUUUUGAUCCACGGCGGUUGACGAUUGGUGCAGGGCUCGGAUUUAGCUGUCUGAGGGAGAGAAAUGUUGAUAGGGAUCAAGUCAAGGCUGCUAUGAAAGCUCAACAAGACCAACAGAUUGAUAAUGUACUCAUUGCGGAAGGGAAAUUUUAUUCUGAUCUUGAGCUCACGGAAAAAGAAAUUGAACGUAUGGUGAUGGAAGCUUCUCGUUUUGAGUAUCUUGCUGAUGACAAGUUCAAGCAGCAACUUGGUUGGCGAGAAUCUUCUACUUCUGGUGCUGAACCAUCAUCAUCUGGAGCUAGUGAGUUUCCUUUGUUUAUUGUAAUUAAAUAAUUUAGUUGAUUUUUAGUUCUUGCUAGUUAAUUGCUUUUAAGUUUUUUUUCUACACUAUUUGUUUUGGUGAAAAUGUACAACGGAAAACGAGAGUCAACAGAAAAUUUUUCGUGGUCAACAGGAAACGAAGUUGUUUAGGCGGAAUUUUUUUUUCCUCUUUUGAAUGGAGGGAAAACAUUUUCUGGAUCAGAGUUUUACCACCAUCACCUCCACCCCUACUACCAUCACCUUUCACCACUUCACCACU